AUGCCACCUCCAACUACAGUGGCGCAGCAACGCAACAGACAGGCGGUAGGGAGCACUGUCGCUAGCAACAACAUUAAUGUGGAAGCACAAGUAGUCCCAGAAGUAAGGUUAAAUAUUAAAAGCUUCGAGGAAGGGAGCAUAAAGGGAGAAGAGAGAGAGGAGGAAUGCGUUAUUUGUAUCGCCGGUUUCGAGAAAGGUGACAUCACCACCGUUCUAUGCUCAUGCAACCAUAAAUUCCAUUCAGAUUGCAUUGCUAUUUGCACACCACCUCGAGCUGCGGCGGCGCAGCCGCGCAAUAGACAGGCGGUAGGGAGCACCGCCGCUGGCAACAACGGUAAUGUGGAAGCACAAGUAGUCCCAGAAGUAAGGUUAAAUAUUAAAAGCUUCGAGGAAGGGAGCAUAAAGGGAGAGGAGAGAGAGAAGGAAUGCGCUAUUUGUAUCGCCGCUUUCGAGAAAGGCGACAUCACCACCGUUCUCUGCUCAUGCAACCAUAAAUUCCAUUCAGAUUGCAUUGAUAUUUGGUUGGUACUUCAUCAAACUUGCCCCAUAUGUAGAGCUACUACUGUUAAGCCUGUUUCAUGA